AUGAAGUGGAAGCGUGAGCUUCCCCAUCCAUUGGUCUCACACCUCGUCUCACACCUCGUCUCACACCUCGUCUCACACCUCGUCUCACACCUCGUCUCACACCUCGUCUCACACCUCGUCUCACACCUCGUCUCACACCUCGUCUCACACCUCGUCUCACACCUCGUCUCACACCUCGUCUCACACCUCGUCUCACACCUCGUCUCACACCUCGUCUCACACCUCGUCUCACACCUCGUCUCACACCUCGUCUCACACCUCGUCUCACACCUCGUCUCACACCUCGUCUCACACCUCGUCUCACACCUCGUCUCACACCUCGUCUCACACCUCGUCUCACACCUCGUCUCACACCUCGUCUCACACCUCGUCUCACACCUCGUCUCACACCUCGUCUCACACCUCGUCUCACACCUCGUCUCACACCUCGUCUCACACCUCGUCUCACACCUCGUCUCACACCUCGUCUCACACCUCGUCUCACACCUCGUCUCACACCUCGUCUCACACCUCGUCUCACACCUCGUCUCACACCUCGUCUCACACCUCGUCUCACACCUCGUCUCACACCUCGUCUCACACCUCGUCUCACACCUCGUCUCACACCUCGUCUCACACCUCGUCUCACACCUCGUCUCACACCUCGUCUCACACCUCGUCUCACACCUCGUCUCACACCUCGUCUCACACCUCGUCUCACACCUCGUCUCACACCUCGUCUCACACCUCGUCUCACACCUCGUCUCACACCUCGUCUCACACCUCGUCUCACACCUCGUCUCACACCUCGUCUCACACCUCGUCUCACACCUCGUCUCACACCUCGUCUCACACCUCGUCUCACACCUCGUCUCACACCUCGUCUCACACCUCGUCUCACACCUCGUCUCACACCUCGUCUCACACCUCGUCUCACACCUCGUCUCACACCUCGUCUCACACCUCGUCUCACACCUCGUCUCACACCUCGUCUCACACCUCGUCUCACACCUCGUCUCACACCUCGUCUCACACCUCGUCUCACACCUCGUCUCACACCUCGUCUCACACCUCGUCUCACACCUCGUCUCACACCUCGUCUCACACCUCGUCUCACACCUCGUCUCACACCUCGUCUCACACCUCGUCUCACACCUCGUCUCACACCUCGUCUCACACCUCGUCUCACACCUCGUCUCACACCUCGUCUCACACCUCUCUGCCUCUGCAGAUCCUUGUGGCGCUGCUGCUGCUCUACUGGCAGCCUGCCACCACCACACUCCUUGUGGUGCCAUGCCACCCUCUGACCAUCCUUGUGGUGCCAUGCCACCCUCUGACCAUCCUUGUGGUGCCAUGCCACCCUCUGACCAUCCUUGUGGUGCCAUGCCACCCUCGGACCAUCCUUGUGGUGCCAUGCCACCCUCUGACCAUCCUUGUGGUGCCAUGCCACCCUCUGACCAUCCUUGUGGUGCCAUGCCACCCUCUGACCAUCCUUGUGGUGCCAUGCCACCCUCGGACCAUCCUUGUGGUGCCAUGCCACCCUCGGACCAUCCUUGUGGUGCCAUGCCACCCUCUGACCAUCCUUGUGGUGCCAUGCCACCCUCUGACCAUCCUUGUGGUGCCAUGCCACCCUCGGACCAUCCUUGUGGUGCCAUGCCACCCUCGGACCAUCCUUGCGGUGCCAUGCCACCCUCGGACCAUCCUUGCGGUGCCAUGCCACCCUCUGACCAUCCUUGUGGUGCCAUGCCACCCUCUGACCAUCCUUGUGGUGCCAUGCCACCCUCGGACCAUCCUUGUGGUGCCAUUCCACCCUCUGACCAUCCUUGUGGUGCCAUGCCACCCUCUGACCAUCCUUGUGGUGCCAUGCCACCCUCUGACCAUCCUUGUGGUGCCAUGCCACCCUCUGACCAUCCUUGUGGUGCCAUGCCACCCUCGGACCAUCCUUGUGGUGCCAUGCCACCCUCGGACCAUCCUUGUGGUGCCAUGCCACCCUCGGACCAUCCUUGUGGUGCCAUGCCACCCUCGGACCAUCCUUGUGGUGCCAUGCCACCCUUGGACCAUCCUUGUGGUGCCAUGCCACCCUCGGACCAUCCUUGUGGUGCCAUGCCACCCUCGGACCAUCCUUGUGGUGCCAUGCCACCCUCGGACCAUCCUUGUGGUGCCAUGCCACCCUCGGACCAUCCUUGUGGUGCCAUGCCACCCUCGGACCAUCCUUGUGGUGCCAUGCCACCCUCGGACCAUCCUUGUGGUGCCAUGCCACCCUCGGACCAUCCUUGUGGUGCCAUGCCACCCUCGGACCAUCCUUGUGGUGCCAUGCUACCCUCGGACCAUCCUUGUGGUGCCAUGCCACCCUCGGACCAUCCUUGUGGUGCCAUGCCACCCUCGGACCAUCCUUGUGGUGCCAUGCCACCCUCGGACCAUCCUUGUGGUGCCAUGCCACCCUCGGACCAUCCUUGUGGUGCCAUGCCACCCUCGGACCAUCCUUGUGGUGCCAUGCCACCCUCUGACCAUCCUUGUGGUGCCAUGCCACCCUCGGACCAUCCUUCACUGAACCUCCCUCCCACACCUCGUUCCCCCUCUCACUGCGCCCUGCUCCUCUUCCCAUUCGUCUCCCUGCAGGUGAGCUACGCGUUCCUGGCUGGCCUCGCUGUCGUGCUGCUCCUCAUCCCAGUGAACCGGUGGCUGGCGGGGCGGAUAGGAGAGGCGAGCAAGCAGAUGAUGGCCAGCAAGGAUGCCAGGGUGCAGGCAAUGCAGGAGCUAUUGGACCACGUGGCAGCAGUGCGGGCGAUGGCCAUGGAGGGCGCCCUGCUCUCCCGCAUCAACGCCGCCCGCCACCUCGAGCUCUCUGCUCUCGCAGUAUGUGCGCAAGUACCUGGACGCGUGGUGUGUGUACUUCUGGGCGUGCACGCCUGUGCUCUUCUCCCUCGCCACAUUCUCCUCCCUGCUGCUCCUCGGUCGAUCCCUCAACGCCCCCGUGGUAUGCUUAUUCUUUUUGUUUUCCCUCUCUUGUCUGCUCUCUCUUCUCUCACCCAUCCUGCUGUUCCUCAUGUUGCUGGUUUCUGA